CCAUAGACUGUGUAAAAUCACGGAUGUAGCCACUGUGACGCCACCCCUUUUUUUUUUCUGGUUUCCUGUUUUGAAGCCUUAAGUUUGGCAUUUUUGCCGUCACCAGAUUGGUUUUUGAGAGAGAAGUGACCAUAUUUUAACGAGAGCUAGCUCCCAACGCUAGCAGCUAGCUUGGUUAGCAGAGUGCAUUUAUAGCUAUGGGUAUGAUUAUUAGCCUGGUUCCAGACCAUAGACCCCGCCUACUCAACUGAGUAAAUAAAAAAAAAAUCCGAACAACGCUCUGCUUUAAAGGCAUUCAUUCAAAAGCGAGAUGUUUUUUGCGUUCUCCCCACUGGAUUCGGGAAGAGUUUAAUAUACCAACUCGUCCCUUUGGUACUCGAGGAGAUGGGCCUGACGAAGCGGUUAUUGGUCAUUAUUUCGCCACUACUCGCGUUAAUGGAGGACCAAAUAAAGGAAGCUGCUAAAUUGUAUUUAACGGCGAUGCAGCUGGGCGUGCACGACGACAGAGACAUCUUAAACGGGCAAUGCUCGCUUGUUUUCGGCACCCCCGAGGCAUGGCUACUCAACGAUAAGUGGAGGAACAUGCUAAGCUCCGAAAUCUACAGAGAGAAGCUGUUCGGCAUCGUUGUGGACGAAGUCCAUAUGACAUACAAAUGGGGAGAGGGCAAGGAUGGGCAUCCAGCUUUCCGAGAAAGCUUUGGAAGACUUGAAGAACUACGGUCUCUUACCAAAGAAGGUACACCUGUGCUGGCAUUAACGGCAUCUGCUGAUUUGGAGUCCCGGCGCCAUGUGACAGAGAAACUCAACAUGAAGAGAGUAACAGAAGUGACUGUUAGCCCAAAUCGCCCAAAUAUCAGAUUAGGUAUUUGUCAUGUGCCAGCAACCACCAACCUGAAGUGCCUUCAUUGGGUGGUAAAGGAAGUGCUGGCUAAAGGACUGUCAAUGUCACCCAUCAUCAUUUACUGCCGGACAUUAAAAGCCAUUGGUAAAGUGUAUGGUUAUCUUAGAAAAUAGCUUGGAGACAAUGCUUGGGUUGACAAAGACACACAGCCAGAUAACCUUAUAAUAGAAAUAUUCCACAGUAAUACGCUGGAAACAAACAAAAAACGAGUAGUAUCAUCUUUUAAUGGUGAUGGAAACUGUCGAGUGGUUGUUGCUACAACUUCUUUAGGGAUGGGUUUGAACUUUCCAAAUAUUUCACAUGUUGUGAUGUUUGGUGCCCCGGAAGAUGUAGAGGACCUUGUCCAGCAAAUAGGCAGAGCAGGCAGAAAUGGUUGUAAUGCACAUGCAGUACUUUAUCACACCAAACAGUAUGUUCAUGUGGACAAAUCAGUCAGAGAACUUGUAACUCACAAACAGGGAUGCAUUCGAAAAAAACUGUAUGGCUACUUUGAAAGCAACCCAACCAACAUUGAGCCAGGUCAUUUGUGUUGUACAUAUUGUCAUUCAAGUUGUACCUGUGACUCAGGGGAAUGUGCAGUGCCUCGACCCAUCUAUGAAACACUCAAAGAAGUGAUUUCCAGUCCUACAAAGUGUAGACAGGUAGAGCCAUCUGACAGAAUGUUGAUCAGGGACUUGUUGGAGGACUUCAGAUCAACACUAGUCAAAGACACAUGUCUAUACACUGACAAGUCAGCAUGCACUGGUUUCAGUAUUGAAUUGAUUGAGGCUGUUGUAGAACAAUGUCAGUACAUAUUUGACAUUAGGUACAUUAUGGACAACAUUCCAGUUUUUAAACUGCAGCAUGCCGAAGCGAUAUUAGAGAUCAUUGAUGAUGUCUUUGAUGACAUACUUGUAGAUCAGGUCAGCUUCCAGGAAGAGUGUUUCUCGGAGCCAGAUCUUGAUUUUAUGGGUUACUUUGACAAUGAUGAUGGCGAUGAGGUUCCUGAGAUGCUCGGUGAUAACUCUGACUCUGAUGCUUAAGAAAAAUUAAAGUGUCCCUCAUUUAUUUGUAAAAAGAUUUAAUAUUGUAUAUUUCAUUUAUUUAGACAAUGCAGACUGGUCUACAGACCGUGAGUGAGGUGAACCGUUACACCCAUAAUAUUGUAAUUUCAUUGUUACUGAGAUGCCCAGGGAUAACUCUUGACACAUUUACAAUAAACUUUAUCCUGGCCUUGACACUAAGAAAGAAGUUGUUUAAAAAUAGGGCUGGGCAAUAUCAGUAUUGUGAUAUGAGACUACAUAUUGUCUGGGAUUUUGGAUAUCAUGUCUUUUCCAGGUUUUAAUAAUCUAAGCCCAAUUUUAUGCUUGUAACAUCAAUGUUUUAAAGAAUAGCAGAUGUACAAGCUCAAAACAGUUGAGCUUGUACAUCUGCUACUUGCUAUUUUUGAUAUAUAAAAAUUUCAAUUACAUUGUGGUGGACAAAGUAUUCAACUCCAUUUUACUUAAGAACAGUACCAAAGUAAAUAUACUUUGUUACUGUCCACCACAGCAGUUAAAUGUAUAUGAUCACAAUACAAUAUUGUCAAAAUAUCAGUAUCAGUGAUUUGAUGUAAUUGAUUUCUUUUCCAUUUUGCCCAGCCCUAUUCCACAAGUGGUUGAUUCAAAAUGUCUGGACCUGGAUCCCUUCAAGAUUUCAAAAGUGUUUAAAAGCAAUACUGAAUGUACAUAUGCAGUUUAAUAAAUGAUUACAG